UGUCGACCCCGCCCCCGCCUCUGACUGCGCCCUAGUUCUCUGGGCAGCUGGAGGGGUCGCGCUGCGCCUGUUGGGGCUGCACCUUGGACCAGGGUGACUGCAGCCAUGUCUGGCCGCUCGGUGCCACAUGCCCACCCGGCCACCGCUGAGUAUGAAUUUGCCAACCCAAGCCACUUGGGUGAGCAGCGCUUCGGAGAAGGUCUCCUGCCAGAAGAGAUCCUGACCCCCACCCUCUACCAUGGCUACUAUGUCCGGCCUCGGGCUGCCCAAUCUGGGGAGGGCAGCAGGGCAGGGGCAUCGGAGCUUAGGCUCAGUGAGGGCAAGUUCCAGGCAUUUCUGGAUGUGAGCCACUUUACCCCAGAUGAGGUGACUGUGAGGACUGUGGACAACCUGCUGGAGGUGUCUGCCCGGCACCCUCAGCGACUGGACCGCCAUGGCUUCGUGUCCCGAGAGUUCUGCCGCACCUAUGUCCUGCCUGGUGAUGUCGACCCCUGGCGAGUUCGUGCUGCUCUUUCCCAUGAUGGCAUCCUUAACCUGGAGGCCCCUAGGGGUGGCCGACAUUUGGACACAGAAGUCAAUGAGGUCUACAUCUCCCUGCUCCCUGCGCCUCCUGAACCAGAGGAAGAGGAGGAGGAGGAGGCAGCCAGAGUUGAGCCCUGACUGCCAAAGACCCAGCACCCAGCAAAUCCCUUCUAAUUCCCUUGGUGAUCUCUUGGUGAUUCGAGCACUUGCCUACCACCCCAGAGGUAGCAGCAUCUUUGGGGGGACGGGAAAUGCUCAAGGUCCACAAUGUAUGGUUUGGUCCUUUGGGACAUGUUAUAGCCUUUGGUUUAGUUCUGGAUGGAGCUGAAUAAACCCAAAUCUCAGGGGCUUGUUUGUGCUGCUCACUGUUCUGUGGCCUAGAAGAUGGGAUGGGUGAGAAGAAGGAGGUCAUAGCCAGCUAGACAAAAAGCUCCUGUUAUGUGUGCCCAACGUCAGAGUACCCUGAGCUCACACUUGGGUGCUGAGAUCAUACCUGGAAGCUGAUACUGACUCCAGAUCAAAUUCCUAGCCAUAAUUUUCUCACAAUGCAACAAAAGAGAGAAUUAUCCCGGGAGGGAAAAGGGAUAUGCCAUCCAAACAGCCGAGAGGGCCCUGUCUGAGCUGGUGAUUAGAGACACAAAAACAAGGGUCUCCAGACUGUCUGGCCCUUUUUGGAGAGGGGUUGGGAAAAUGUUUUUUUGGCUGGAGAGAGAUGCCUAAAUCCCUGGAGUGAAUGCUUUGUUUUCCCAUACUAACAUCUGCCCACUAAAAUGGUCUCUAAUUUGAGGGAUUGAGUGUGCAUAUAUGGAGGCAUAGAUAGUGAAGCCUCCAUCAUUCUCUCUGAACCCCUAGCCUCUCCAUCCCCUGCAGAGGGGUAACCCACUUAAGAAAGCAUUUGUCUCUGAUUUUGGAACAUCCAAAAGACAGGAAUCACUGUAUUACCCCACCUGAUCCAAGACUAAAUGCAGGGAUCCAGGGUUCUUAUUGUGAUGGUAAUUGCCAGACAAUCCUCCUUUGCAUAUAGUUUUAUUAUACU